AUGCCAGUGAAUGUGCCCGAAAUGCCGCAACGGACAGCAAGGGUAACGCAUUCCCUGCACGGCAUCGAAGAAGAUGUGGAUCCUGAUGUUGUCUGGACACCGGCCUACUACGGAGAUGUCGAGGAUUUUGAUGCGAAGGAGGAGGAGGUGGACGCCAACCACAAUUGGCUCAUCUUCUCCACCAGAGACGCACAUCUCCUCCUGAAGAAGGGUCCACACGGAGACUCCUACCCUAUCACCGGUCGCUAUGACGCCCACAUUGAUGGCCGCGUCGUCACAGGAAAGUUGCUCUCCGAACUGAUAAGGAGUGUACAUAAGGAGGGUGAGGAGACCGAAGCAAAGCAACGCAAUCGCGUCUCUCUCGUCUACUACAAGGACCUGCAGCAUUAUGCGGGCCGCGCAGAAAUGAAGGCGCUUGGGAGGGAGGACACCACCACAAUCGUUAAGAAGGGUGAAUUCGGUGGCAUUGCGGUGACAUCGUAUCCCAACGAGGUGAGCGAUGGUGGACACACGAGCUGCACCGAAACCAUCGGUGUUACAUCAUUAGGAGGCCUUGAUGUCGGUCUGUUGAUAUCUGCAAAUGACGCAGUGCUUAUCGUG